UAUGACGUCACCGUGCGUGUGCGUAGCGCUGAAUGACUGACCACGCCUCUGUGAGCUAGGAGUCACCGUGAACGUCGGGUGGUGGAGUCUGACAGAAGAGAAGAGAAACUAUUGCAGGAGGAAACGCAAUCUGUUGGUCGUACCUGCUCCAUUUUGACAGCGCAUUCCCUUUAAAAUGGCGUGUCACAGCCCGUAUAGAGCUGCCCCGCACAUGAACGCUCCUCCGGACCAGGGCUUUCUGUGGAAUAUCUUCCAGAGGGUCGACAAGGACCGAAGUGGAGUGAUAUCAGACUCAGAGCUCCAGCAGGCCUUGUCCAAUGGCACAUGGACUCCUUUCAACCCAGUGACUGUCCGCUCUAUCGUAUCCAUGUUUGACAGGGAGAAUAAAGGUGGGGUGAACUUCAAUGAGUUUGCUGGUGUAUGGAAGUACAUCACAGACUGGCAGAACAUCUUCAGGACCUAUGACCGGGACAACUCUGGCUUCAUUGAUAGGAACGAGCUGAAACAGGCGCUGACUGGGUUUGGUGAGCAGCAAAGCUAUCGUCUAUCAGACCAAUUCUACAUAACACUGAUAGAGAAGUUCGAUCGCCAGAGAAAGGGACAGGUGGCCUUUGAUGACUUCAUCCAGUGCUGUAUUGUACUACAGAGACUGACUGAUGUUUUCAGGCGAUAUGAUACAGACCAGGAUGGCUGGAUCCAGGUUUCAUAUGAACAGUAUCUAUCCAUGGUCUUCAAUGUAGUAUAACACAUAUGGAUCAUCACAGAAGACCACAACUGGACACAACUGUGCCAAAGCUACUGGCACCUCCUGGAUGUCUGCCAUGGUGGACACUUCAAGAUUUUUUGAAUUAAAUUUUUAUCCCCAGUUGGACUGUUUCACACCCAUUUGUAAAGCAAAUACAAGAAAGAGGACCCUUCCAUUUUUGAAGCUAUAGUAUCCUCCACAUGACAUACAUUAUGUGUCUGAAAGUACAUUCACAAUGCUUGAUCUGUUUUAAAAAAAGUCUUGUAGUGAUUUCUUCGUUGACAAAUCUGAACAGUGUCUGUGUUACGGACUCUUUGAGUUGGGGAAAAUUAUCGACACAUCUGUCUUUCUGUCCGUUGUUGUUGACAAACUUUAUAAUGUCUUAAUUUCAACUGAUACAUAAAAAAGCACCGUUGAGAAUAAAAUGAUGCAUUGUAAAUAUGAUUUAAGGUGCAGUGCAUGCUUUUCAGGGAUGUUUAGCCCUACGUUGAAGCAUGCGUUCUCUUUUCCGCAGCCCUGUUUUGCUCAAAAGCCAUGUUUACAAAAAACUGUGAGAGCAGGUGAUGUUCUGCUUUGAGAUUCACUGACAUGCCGGCUUAUAUGCCAUAUUUUUUACAAGCUUUUUUUAUUUUUAUUUUUACAGUGUUAGAAUAUAAAAAUCUUAGGUAUGGGAUAAGCAUAAUGCCUUUAGUAGCUAUAGCUUAUUUUUUGUGCAUGCGGCCUUAAAAUGUGUAAGAACAGCACAAAAAUCUUUAUUAAAACAUAUAUAUAUAUAA